GUCAAAUUUUAUAGCAAUUAGCAUGGGCUACAGCUAGCUAAACAUGAUUGUGGAGGAUGUUUCAUAAGCCUCUAUGACACCAUGCACACCCUGACAAAGGAGCUAUAAAAUAGCUGAAUUGAGAUGCUCCAUAUGACCCCUCAUGGAUUCAGAAGAAUAGUUGAAAACUACCUUCAGGAAGAUGCAGAGAUCGCCUUCAGUUCACCUGGCAGUUGUGCUUCUUGCCUUCUGCUGUCUCAUCCAUGCAUCAAGUGCUGAAACUCCAUUUCCUCCUGCCCUCAGGGUGAUGCAGCAGUUUGAAGCAACUCCAGUCUCCAGUGGAGCAGAUGAUCAGGCCGCCGCCGCCGCCGUCGUCGCCGGAGAAGGGGAGGCCGGCGACGUCAACGGCCGGAUGGAGCUGGAGCUGACCGACUACCCGGGCUCCGGCGCAAAUGACCGGCACUCGCCAUGGGGGCAAGAGAGAAGAAACUGAGCAGCAUCAAAAUAUUCAGAGUCCAUUCAUCCAUGGUCACUUCUUCUUCAGAGAACAAAAGGAUUCAGACUGUAUCUGUAUCAUAGCAUGUAUCCGUGCUGUAACUUUCGCUUCAGUGAUUAUUUUCUACGCACUGUUACUACUACGCCCCGUGUAUGUAAUUAACAUGUGAGAUGCAUAUGAGCGAGAGGAUUUGGGGAGUUAAUUAGCGACUAAUCAUUCGCCGGCGCAGUAAUGUAUAUUAAUAUAUUAUAACAUAUAUUACUACCAUGUUUUAAUUUUAUU